AUGAAACGAUUUCGGAUUCGAUAUUUGACGGCAGUAUUUUUAGGUGAAGGACUUACAGGUGUCAUUCCUACACUAUUGUUAUUAGCACAAGGCAGUGCAGGUGAAGCAAUUUGUGUACAAAGUAGUAAUGGUACUAGAUUAGAACCUACUUUUACUCAACCACGUUUUAGUGUUACUGUUUAUAUGCUUCUUAUUACAAGUAUUAUCAUUGCAUCACUUAUUGCAUUUCUUCUACUACGUUGGACAAGUAUAGUCACAUUAGCUGAUGCUGUAGAGCCGACGAAAUUCAAUGAAAAUACACCUGAAACAACUUUAGAAACUGCUGAAAAUUCUCCUAUGGUUCCUGUAAUCGAUUCAUUUAUAUCAACAAAACCUGUCAAACACAUAGCUACUAGCUCAUUUAUUUUUCUUCUAUGUAUUAACACAUACAACUCAUUCAUAUUGUAUGGUAUUCUACCGGCCUUAACUACGUAUAGUCUAUUACCUUAUGGACAAAAAGUACUUUACUAUUUUUGUGUAUUCUCUACUUUGUCAUAUUCCAUGUCAAUAUUAAUUAGUCUGAAAUGGGCUACUGUAUCGGUUCGUAUGACUAUCAUAGGAACAAUAAUUGGAUCUAUUUUCGCUGUUUUUAUUAUAAUUAUUGCUAUACAAAGUCCAUGUCCAUGGUGGGCUGAUACAUUACAUGGAGCUGCGGUUAUAGUAGUUAUUUGGCUUUUAAUGGUAUUUAUCAUUGCUUAUCUACGAAUUACAACAGGUAAUUUUAUUAAAGCUGACUGGUCAGAAGAAAAAGGUAUGUUCUAUUUUGGUAUAACGGUUCAGUUAGGAUCAUUCUUGGGUGCAAUUCCUAUGUAUUUAUUGGUCAAUGUUUUUGAUAUAUUCACAGAUCGAAAACCUUGUGAAGUUUAUUGUGUAACAUGA